AAAGAUAGACAAGUUUAGGACGCUCCGCGCUUCCUCACCGGCCAACCAGAACCACCUAUUCCCAGGCCUUAAGCCUCCCCCGCUUUUUGGUAGAAUCCCGGCCGCAAAACCUGCGCGAUAAAAGUUUCCUAAAGCUUCUAGAUGCGCACACCUCACGCCUUGGAGGCGUCCGCCUCGACCACGCAUGCAAGCAAUGUCCCCAUACCACGUCAUCGAACGCUGCUAAGGAACCAUCGGCCCGGCAUUAGGAACGGCAGUAACAUAACCUCUGUCCCCAACAGUCGCAACAGCACCACCACGAGCAGCAGCACCGGCAACAUGGCUUCUACAAGCAUGCAUGGCGCAGACAAGGGGCUUCCCCCUACUCGCGAUAACAAAAACAAGGACGACAACAGCUCCGACAGAGGUUUCAUAGACACCACCAGCAUCACCCAGAAUACGGAGCAUGCUGUUGAUGGGGAGGGCGCCAACAUUAAGGACGAUUUUGCGGCGGACCGGCGGCCUGUCGUACUCUACGACGGCGUCUGCAACUUCUGCAACGGAGGAGUCAACACCAUGCUCUCCUUCGACAAGGUCCCCGGCGGCAGCUUCCGUUUCGCAGCCCUGCAGAGCCCCACGGGUCGGCGACUGCUGGUACGAUGCGGCCGUUCGCCGUACGACAUCUCGUCAAUCGUACUGGUGGAACCGGCUCAGGAUGAUGACACGUACGGCAAGAAGUACGACAGCAACAACAGCAGCCGUAACGGUACUAACGGUGCCUCCGGUACUAACGAUGGCGCGGUACGGCAUUACAUCCGGUCGGAGGCGGUAUUGCGGAUUGCGAGGCGUUUGGCGGCGCCGCUGCCUGCGCUGGCGAUGGUUGGGUUUUUAAUGCCGUUGAGGCUUCGCGACGCGCUUUACAAUGCGGUUGCGGUUAACAGGUACUCCCUGCUCGGUCGGAGGGACGUCUGCCGGCUUGGGGACGCCGGCAGGUAUGCGAACCGCUUCAUAGCGGACUGAUGGAUGACGGACGGGAGAAGGAAAGUGGAGGAAAAAAUAAUUCAGAAAUGAAGCAACGGGAGUCCCAAUCCCGCUGUCCCAACUCAUGCAGUGAGCGGUGAGGAGAAGGGGUACGGCAGCAGCUGUUGCGUACGGCCGUAGGAGCUGCGGUUUGCCUAGCGUGUCGUAUAGAGUGGGAGAGGCAGCAGCAGGCAAGAGAGGCGGAGUAAGAAGGGAGCGAGGAAUGGAAUGCGAUAGACAGGACCAAUUUGAUACGCGACGGCAUCUGUCUUUUGUUGAGGGGCCGUGGCAGGACGGCACGAUGAAGCCCGCAGCCCAGGCUGGCAGGUUGACCCUUUGGCAUGACUUCUACAUGGACAUUUGGCAUAGUGAGAUAGGUGACUGGUUUCUUGGUAUGUGUAUAUGCAUUUGUACUGCUUGCUCGUACUAAGAAUGUCCUUUUCCCCGUACAUAUAGCCACGCAUUUGGAGCACGGCGCCGGAUAAAACACCGUACACGAGAUGGCAUCAAAUUUCAGGCGUGCCUUGGGCGGCAUUGCCAGAUAGAUCUGUCCUGGGUGUUCAUGAUGAUGUAUUGGUAGCUUAAUAGGAGUAGCGGAGUCGUCUUUCGCGCAGACAUUCCGUGGUUUCUGUUUGGUCUUUGACUGCAGUUCAUCAUUUCUUGUUCGUGCCCUUAUUCCACAGGCCCCUAUAGUGCUGGGGAUGCAAAGGACAAUACACGGGGGGGCGUAUAUACACGCUACCCUGCAUGGUGCCGUACGUGACACGGCGCGACACGGUUUCAGAUAUGUCGCGGGCCCAGGCCACACCCUGUUACCGGUACAAUGGCAA